AUGGACGUCCCGGAAUUGCAUGGACGCAACGUGUUUCACACAGCGUCGAAUCUUUUACGGUCGUCGAGCUAUAGGAACACAGGAGGUGUCGCAACUAGUUCUAGAGACCGGUCUCCUCUUGACGAGGAUUAUGAAACUUCGUUCCGGAGAAGUAGGACCAACUGGGACCCAAGAACGAUUGGGCUCUACUCAAAUGUUUCAUUAGGUAGUGGUGUUGCCGUCCAAAGGCUCCUUAAAGAGCUUGAGGAUUUAAAACGAGAUGGUUCAGCAGGGUACCACGCAGCACCAAAAGGUGAUAAUUUGUUUGAAUGGGCUGCGGUUAUUGAAGGCCCAGAAGAUACGGUGUAUAAAGGUGGAACAUUUUUCCUCGAACUCUCAAUUCCGAAAAACUAUCCCUUUCUGCCUCCAAGAGUUCGUUUUUUGACGAGAAUAUACCAUUGCAAUAUCAAUACACAAGGGGUUGUAUGUGUUGAUAUUUUGAGGAGCGGAUGGAGUUCUUCAAUGACAAUUUCAACAGUUUUGCAGUCUAUAGUUACCCUUAUGUAUGUUUGCAAUCCAGCUGAUCCCCUUGUCAGUGGAAUUGCUGAACAGUAUCUUUCAAACAGGGAAGAGUUUGAACGUACCGCAAGAAUCUGGACAGUGAGAUACGCUCACUGA